GUGGUGGGAGUGGCCAUGAGCCAGCCCAUGCUGGAUUUGUUGGGCCAGGAAUGUUGACAGCUGCUGUUUCUGGAGAUGUUUUUGCUUCUCCACCUGUUGAUUCUAUUUUAGCUGCUAUUCGAGCUGUAACGGGUACCAUGGGAUGCCUUCUGAUAAUAAAGAACUAUACUGGUGAUAGACUUAAUUUUGGAUUAGCUGCUGAGCAGGCAAAAUCUGAAGGCUAUAAGAUAGAGAUGGUUAUUGUUGGAGAUGAUUGUGCUCUUCCCCCGCCUCGGGGGAUAGCUGGUAGAAGAGGUUUAGCAGGAACAAUUCUGGUGCAUAAGGUUGCUGGGGCUGCUGCAGAUGCUGGUUUAUCCCUUGCAGAUGUUGCUGCAGAAGCAAAACAUGCAUCUGAGGCUGUUGGUACAAUGGGAGUAGCACUUUCUGUUUGCACGUUGCCUGGGCAAGUGACAUCUGAUCGUUUAGGUCCUACGCAAAUUGAGCUUGGCCUUGGAAUUCAUGGAGAACCUGGUGCUGCUGUUGUUGAGCUCCAGUCAGUUGAUGUAGUGGUUGAACAUGUUCUUAAGCAGAUACUAUCGCAGGAAACUCAGUAUCUUCCUAUCACAAGAGGGAGCAAUGCUGUUCUCCUAAUCAACGGAUUGGGUGCUACUCCUGUGAUGGAGCUUAUGAUUGCAGCAAGAAAAGCGGUACCUGAGUUACAGUUGGAGUAUGGGAUUGCUGUUGACAGAGUCUACACUGGCACAUUUAUGACAGCACUUGAUAUGGCUGGAAUUUCUAUCACCAUCAUGAGGUCAGAUGAAAGCAUUUUGCAGCGACUUGAUGCUCCCACAAAAGCUCCAUCUUGGCCUGUUGGUUCUGAAGGAAAGCGCCCGCCAGCAAAAUUUCCUGUUCCAGUACCACCAUCACCUUCAAUGAAGGAUGACGAGAUUCUUUCUCAUCGGCAGGAGCCAACCAAGCAAGGGUGUAUUUUGGAGGCUGCUAUUGAAGCAGGUGCUAAAGAACUCAUUGGUCUGAAGGAUAGCCUAAAUGACUGGGACAGUAAAGUUGGUGAUGGUGACUGUGGAACUACGAUGUAUAGAGGUGCAACAGCCAUUCUUGAAGAUAUGAAAACACGUUAUCCUAUGAAUGAUGCAGCUGGAACAAUAAAUGAGAUUGGGGCAACAAUCCGUAAGGUGAUGGGUGGAACAAGUGGAAUCUUGUAUGACAUACUCUGCAAGGCUGCAUAUACAAGCUUAAAACAAAACAAAACUAUUACGGCAUAUGAAUGGGCUGAUGCUUUAGAAGCCUCUAUUGCUGCUGUUAGCAAAUAUGGUGGUGCCAGUGCAGGAUAUCGCACAAUGCUGGAUGCUCUAAUUCCUGCUUCUACAGUUUUGAAACAGUCUCUUCAAGCUGGGGACGAUCCGGUGACUGCCUUUAUCGCUUCUUCUGAAGCAGCAUCAGCUGGUGCUGAAUCCACUAAACAGAUGCAAGCAAAGGCAGGACGGUCAUCAUACGUUGCUCCCGAUCACCUGGUUUCAGUUCCUGAUCCAGGAGCAGUUGCUGCAGCUGCAUGGUAUCGAGCUGCAGCGCUUUCAGUGAAGAAGAAGCUGCAUGGUUCAGAAAGCUAGUAGUAGUACAUGCUAUGCCUCCUUCACAGUCCAAAAUACUACACUGACGGCGAAAUGCUCAGAGGCUUUUCUCGCUCCCUCUGAUUUGAUUUCCGCUUGUGCUUUGCAUGGGCUGAGAAAUCGAGUUCCGUAUUGUUUUGUCCUGACAUCAUACAGAGAGCAGUUCAAAGGAUUUGCAGACUUACAAACGGUCGGUGAAGUUAUGAUUUUGCCUUCCUGAUGAAGUGAUGAUUAUGUGUGCC